CUUGGUUUAUUGGUAAUGUUGUAUAACCAGGUUAUCAACAGUUAUUACAAAGCGACAAAGAUAGAUGUGGAAAAAAGGAGUGAUGUACAAUCCGCAAAGAGACCGUCAGGGACAGAUUUCACAUACAAGCUUAAAGAGGUGGAAGUGGAAUACGGCUAUGAGGCAGAGCAGUCAGAUGAGCUGACGAUAAAAGUUGGUGAUAUCAUCAAGAAUGUGACCAUGUCAGAGGGAGGCUGGUGGGAGGGAGAACUCAAUGGCAAGAAAGGAAUGUUUCCAGAUAACUUUGUCAAGGUUAUCAAAAGUCAAGAGAAAGAGACAAAGAAAGAUGAAGGGAAGAAGAAGGAUGUACAGGCAACUAAAAGACAGUCUGUAAAAGACCUUGCCAACAAGAUCAAAAGUCAGGUACAUGAAGGUGGUCCUCCAAUGAUCAGAAAGAAAGAGCCUGCCGCAAAGAAAAAACGGGCAAAAUGUGUGUAUUCUUACGAGCCUGAAAAUGAUGAUGAACUGAAACUAGAAGUUGGAGAUGUUUUAGAUGUACUUAAACAGGAAGAGGAAGGCUGGUGGGAAGGAAUACUCAGUGGCAAACAGGGCAUGUUUCCGUCCAACUUUGUCGAGCUUAUAGAUGAAUCUGCAGAAUCUGCUGAAAAUACAGAGAACAAAAUUGAGAACACAGAAGAGCAUUUGAUCAAAGGGAAGAAAAUACAGGGGGUUGGUCUAGGCAAUAUAUUUGGAGAUGGCCCCAUCAAAUUGAGAAGUACAGGGGGCAAGAAACCUGGGGAUAAACCACAAGAACCUCCCAAGAAAAUAGAGAAUUUUUACCAGGCAGAAAAAAGAGAAGAUCCGGUGCAGAGAAGACUCAAAGAAACAAAGGCAAUGGAGAAGGCAAUUGUACGCUAUUCAUAUGCUGCGGAAAACGAGGAUGAACUCACUCUGAAUGAAGGGGAGAUAAUCAAUAUUCUUGAUAAGGAAUUAGAAGAUAGCGGUUGGUGGAAGGGGGAACUUAGUGGCAGAGUUGGUGUCUUUCCUGAUAACUUUGUGGAAAUUAUAAAAGAAGAGCGUCAAAGAUUAAGCCAGUUUCAGCCAAACAAAGGCCCACGACCCUUGAUCACACCUGCUCCACAACCCAAACCUAAGAAGCCACCUCCACCGACACAAGCCCCGGUGUCCAAAACAGCCCCAAAACUUCCAGAAAAAGCCCCAGCGGUUACAGAACAUUCCAAACCAGAACCAGUUAAAGAAGACAAAACAGCCAGCCAGCAGCCAGCUAUACCCGCAAAGAAACCUGUACACCCACCCCCACCUCUCACAAAGAAACCUGUUAAACCUGUAGAUAUUGUCAGCAAAGAGGAAAAGAAAGAAGAAUCAAAAACAGAAACAGCUCAUGCGUUUGAAGCAGUGGAAUCAGGAUCUGACAAACUAACGCACCUUACUGCUUCCCGGCCGCGAGGACCAGCAAAAAGACCACCCUCUCAAGUAUUCAUCCUAAAUCCCAAGACAGCCGACACACCAAUAAAGGAGGAGGAGAGAAAUGGUGAUGUGAAGGACCAACACUGGCUUAAAGAAGACAAGCCUCAUGUAGGACACACUCAUGCAGCCUCGCACCACACAAAAUCAGAAGAGGUGCCAGGAAAACCUCAUUCUGUGCCAUCACGACCGCAAGAACGCCCUCAAGAUCGACCACAGGAAAGAACACAAGAACCCUCACCAGCAACAGCAAGUAUACAAUUAGCCAUAGAUGAAUUACGAAAGGAAAUGCAUGAUCUGAAACAUAACACUGUAUCAAAGACAGUUUUUAAUGAACUUAAAGCUGAAAAUGAUCGUCUGAAACAAGAACUAGACUCUGUGAAAUCUACAUAUUCUCGACGUAUGCGAGAUAUAAUGAGUGAAGUGGAUGAGGAGAAAAAGAUACGACUAUCUACACAAGUGGAGAUAGAACGAAUACGUAAAAUAGUUGCAGAGUCACAUGUGUGAUACAAGCCCGUUCUUGGGUUAUAUUCCGUACUUCCAUCUGUGUAUCAUUUGUAAACAUGUGUAUAGUUCUAAUGUGACACAGUCCAGUGUUUUAAUCAUGUAUGUGUUUGUUUUCUUGAACUAACAUCAGAAGUUUCUUUUUACAUAUAGUUAAUUAUAAUACAGAAGCAAAAUUGAACUUAAUUACUGACCAUAAAAAUGUCAGAUUCUAUUGUUAAUGUUACAUUAACCCUUUGCCUGCUGGUGGCAGUAAUUCUGCCUUUGCGACCAGUGCAGACCAAGAUCAGCCUGCACAUCCGUGCAGUCUGAUCAUGGUCUGCACUGUUCGCUAUUCAGUUAGUAAAUUUUCAGUAAACACCCCUUCGAAUAAUAAAUGGUAUUGCCCAAAUUGAAUAAUGGACCAGUCCAUUAUAGAAAUUUAGCAGGCUAAGGGUUAAGGAUGAAAAAAGGUUAAAAUUUGAUUUUUGGAAAAACACAAUACUGGUCGGUACUGUGCCGGUACUGUCAGAUUUUCUUUCAGUUUAAUUUACAUUUUGUAAAGCUAUAAAAGUACAAUAGGGCAGUAUGUUUGAAGACACUUUAAACAAAUUUAUGUUAUUGAUAUACUGAAGCACAGAUUUCUCAAGGUAAAAAAUGGAUGAGCAAAUUUCUUGAGUAUCCAAGGUUUUCUUUUUAGCAAGCUUAAAAUAGAAGAUAUAAGAAGACUGGUCUGGGAUAAUAGGAGUUGCUUAAGUAAGCCAGAGGGCUUGGGCCAUUAAUGCUUUAGGGAGUGGUGUUUCUCUAUCUACUUUUAAGGUAGUCAAAUUAUGAUUUUUUUUUUUGGCAAACUGCAUACUCGAAACAUUUUAGCUUUCAGUCAAAUGCUGAUUUCAGUGAAAUGUAGUAAAGUAACACAUUUUAUGUUAAUGUGAUUCUUUGUUUCUAUGGGCAUUCAGUUCACAAUGAAAAAUACUUUAGAUGUGUUGAAUUUCGAGUAACGAGUUCACUCCAUAACGGGAAAAAGAAGAAUUUCAAAAUAUGUUUUUAUUUUUCACCCUGCUUGCAGCAGAUGGAGCUAACAAAAAGUAAUACUAAAUAUCAGACACAGUUUUCAUUAAAAUGUAAAACCAAAACAUCUGGAACUGUCAUAAGAACAUUGAACGACUCUGGCUAAAUGUUGAGAGAACUGUAUGAAAUAUCAAUUAUUGAUGAAGAAGUCUUCUUCACACUUAACAAGCAUAAUGGCUUUUGAUGAAUUUAUCAGAGUGGUCUGUGAUUUCACAAGAAAACACCAGUUAUGAUUAUGUUAUUUGGGUGAACUUUCUGUAUUGUAUGAAUUAUACUUUUUUAUCCAUUCAAAAUACUAACGUUUGCAAGCAGUAGUAACAGCAUCCUUAUUGAAUUGAAAAUAUCUGGAAACACUUUUUCAGUUAGAAUGUUAACUGUGAAAAUAUAUAAUAAUGUAUCAAAUCUGCUUUAGUCAGGGAAAUGAUUAUUAGAAUUUGAUGACUGGCAAAAGAAAACGCUGGCCUUAUUUCAGUCUUGUGAUAUUAGAACACGUAUAGAUUUAAAGUAUUACAUAUUCACUUGUUUUGUACAUUUUAAGUGAACAUUGUAGAUGUACAUAUGGUAGAAAUUAAAUCGGCUGAUUUUUAUUAGUGUAGACUGCUCUAGUUUAGUUAUAUUUACUGUAGAAAUUCUGUUUAUAGAUUAAUUUAAACAGAAAAAUGCUGUUACGGUAUAAACAGUGAGAAAAUAUCUGUACUCUGCAGGUAGGAUAAAAUAUUUCUUAUAUAAUUAUUAUCUUUUUAUUGGACAUGAGUGGCAUUAAAAAUACAGAUAAAACAGACAUUUACAAAAUGUAAAUAAAAAUAGAGAACAUAUAAAAACAGUGUGAUGUGUUUCAGGUUAUAAGAAAUUUGAAAAAAUUGAAGUUUUUAGCUUCUAUCUGUAGGUUCCUUUUUAUGAGUCCCAUGGCCAAGUGGUUAAGGUUGCUGACUUCGAGUUUAAGCCUUAUUUGUGGUGUAGACUUAUUUCAUGUGAGGAAGACAUCCAUCAGACUUAUGGAAGGUUGCUGGUUUUACUUAAGUGCUCUUCAGUGAUGAAAUAAUGCCUGGAGAGGCACUUUGGGAUCUUCCUCCACCAUAUACCCUAUAAUUAUACUGAUGUGAUGUUAAACCUAACAAAAGAAAAAGGUUAAUUAUGUCUCCCACACCACUGUGGUGGGAGACAUAUUGAUUUACUCCUGUCUGUGUGUGUGUGUGUGUGUGUGUCCGUCAGUCCGUCUGUCACAAAUCUUGUCUGUGCUCUAAAGUCGAACAGUUCUCAUCUGAUCUUCACUAAACUUGAACAAAAUAUGUUUGCCAAUAAGUCCUUGGCCAAGUUCGAUAACUAGUCCGGGCACUUAGGAAUUAUGGCCCUUGAAUUACCGAAAAUAUUGAUGCCAGUGAUACAGGUCUUGGUGCAUAUUUACUCCAAAAUUUCCUCCAAAACUAUCAAAGGUAUAUGUUCUGUGAGUAAACAGUAUAUAAAGACUUACUAUUCAGAUGAUUAGGUAGUUUACCGGUAGUUGUUGGAGACAUGCGCUUUUCUCAAAAGCAGGUCUAGUUUAUCCCCAAGUUUCUCAAGUUAAUUCAACAAAUUCUCAGUUUAUAUACAUACAAAACAUUAGACAACUACCCUACCCCCUACCCCAUCACAUGUUCUCUACCCAUUGACAGUCAUAACUAACCUGUUGGAACAUGGGACAUUUUGUAAGUAUUAAUUUCUUCUUGCCAUUUAUUCUGGCGUAUACAUAAAUGUGUACAGUAAAUCCCAAUAUAUUAUGGUUGUGUUUGAUUUAUACUUGUUUAAUAAGAGAUAUAUUUAUUUUGACAAAAAUUGAGAAAACUAUUUACAUUGCUGCUUUUUAAAGUAAAAAUCUGCUUUCUGAUAUAUUAGAAUUAAGUGAUACUGUAUACCUCUGAAUUAAUUGUGUUUUGCAGGGGUGUUUAUUAAGGGGCCCAGUUUCAAAAGAAAAAGUUAAUUUCAGAAUGAAUAUAGCUAGGGAUUAAACUUUCAGUGUAUAAAUUUUUAACGUUUUAUACCAAAAUGGAAUAGCACUUUAAUUUACUUGUAAUAUUGAAAAAAAUAUACAUAUUUGUAACACUUUUUGGUAAAAAAGGAGAGGGAGGGUAUUGCAUCUAUAUGGGGGUAUACAGAAUAUAAAAGUCUGCUUUUUGAAGCCAGAACUUCAAAAUCUGCUUAAUGUAAAAGUCUGCUUUCUGCAAUUAUCAAUUAUAUCGUGUUUAGCUUGUAUAUGACAAAAAUGUAUAAAGUUUGUUAAGCAGAAUUAUAAUAUGCUCUUCUGUUAAAGCACUCUUACGCUACAAUGACGUCACGUUAAAGUGCGGUGACGUCAAUGUUUUUGUUGCGACCAAGAAAGAGCGCAACUAAAUUUUAUCUACUGUUGUAGAUUAAGGGCAUAUUAGAAUCCAAAUAAUUUAUAGCAAAACCGUGUUUUAACACUAUUUAUACACUCGGGCGGUAAUACGUCGUACAAAUAAUUUCACUCUGGCUGCGCUCUCGUGAAAUUAUUGAGCCCGAUGUUUAACCGCCCAUCAUGCAUAAAUAGUGUUAAAGCACUCUUUUGCUAUAAAUUAUUUCUUAAAUAUGUAAUGUUAAGUUAUUCCUUUCAAAGUGCAGUUGCUUUUCCUUGAAUUUUUGUAAAGGAGUUGGAAGGAAAGAGAUCUUUUGGAAAAGUCAGAUUCUUCCUCAAAACUAUUUCUGUUUGUAUGCUUAUGGUGAGUUAUUUAAUUGUAUUUAUAAUUGCUGUGAAUAUAUUUAAUCAUGGGCAUGAAAUUUUAUGAUUUGGCUAAGGGGCUAUUUCAUGAAGAAAUAAAUUCAUGGAUUUCAACUUUAAAAAGAUAAAAUGGAUUAGAAUUUUUUACGUUAAAAUCAUAAUAUUAAAUUUAUUGGAUUGAUGGCACCACAGAAUUAGUGGCAUGUGAACAUUAAAGAUUGACCAGUAUUUUCAAGACAUGUUUGGAGAUGGAGUUACCUCUGAGACACUGGUUUAAAUUUUAAUGCAUUUUUUUGGUAUAAUGGAAAAAAGACAUCAGUAUGAAUUAUCAAAGAAAAAUCUUAUUUUGAUUUUAAACCUGUGAAAUAUUAUGCAGACUGUCAGUUUUAAUGACAGGAAUUAUUUCACAAAUUCAUGAAUGUUCUUGUUUGAGUAUGAUUUACAAAUUUGUAUAAUGUUUCGGAGGUUUAACCAGUUCUUAGUUUUAGUUUGAGAGAUGAUCAUUUGAAAAUAAUUACAUUAUGAUUAUGCUUUUUGUCAAAAAUUCACAGUCGCUUAUGUUUUUUUUUUUUUUUUUUUUUAUUAAAAAUAAUUAUCUUCUUUUUCUUCAGAAGUGUGAAAGUGGUUUAUUUUAUGUACAAUGUAUUAAAGCUAUGCUUGUUUCAUACAUGAGCUUUCAUAUGAACAGACUGGACCAAGAUUCUACAUUCCAAGCAAAGCGCUUUCAUUGUUAGCCUAGGCACAUGUUGGUCUGUGACUUAGGUAGUGAGAAUAUUUAGGGCAGAAAAAAAUGUUUAGGAUAUUUCAUACAGUAAACAAAAUGUUGUAUUCAGAUGAAGAAUAUAGAUCCAGGAGGACAUUUUGGGAACUUCAGAUAUCAGUUUGUGUGAUACUGUUAGCAUUAACCUUUAGCCUGCUGGCGGCAAGUGAUUCUGCCUUUGCGACCAGUGCAGACAAAGAUCAGCCUGCACAUCAUGGUCUGCACUGUUCGCUAUUCAGUCAGUAAAUUUUCAGUGAACCCCCCUUCGAAUAAUAAAUGGUAUUGUCCAAAUUGAAUGAUGGACCAGUCCAUUUUUAGAAAUUUAGCAGGCUAAGGGUUAAAUUGUAGGGAUUUCUUGAAGGUAUUCUAGUAUGUAUGAAUCUCAUUCUGUCUGUGAUUAAAAGUUGCUCAUGUUUUCAUUGAUGUGGCAUGAUCUGUAACGUUUUUCUGUAGUACUGAAUUUUCUUAAUUUUCAGAUUUAAUCCAAAAUGAACAGGGUUGAAUAUUUUAUGUCAUAUAUCAUUUUGCAUAUUAAAGACACAAUCGUUUUUCAGGCUUGAUUAACUUUAUUUUUUUUUGCAUUUGUGUUGUCAACUGUAUAAGUUUACACAUUUAAAGAAAGGAAGUAAUAUUCUGGCUGUGUUUUAUCUUAGACAUAAAGCUGUUCAACUGUCUCACUAUCAAAACUUUAUCUUCAUCAAAAAUAUUUUAAAUUGUAUCCAUGCAAGAAAAGGAUGUUUAUAUGUGUUGCAGCCUUAAGAUCCUGUAUUUUAAAUGGUAGUAAGUGAAUCUGUGUGUUUACAGAUGUGUGAACAUUACAUGAGGAAACCAUGUGAAUUUAGCAAUAAAUUUGUUUCAUUUAUGAAUAAGUAUCUUUAAAUAACAGAAAUGAUUAGUGAAAUUGAAUCUUGACAGUAAGGCAAUAUGUCAUAGAAAAUCUGGUGUAAUUGUUCUGUAUUUUAAGUUUUGAACAUAAGACCGAAGUUCUUCAUACUGAAGAAUUGGGUAAAAAUCGAUUCUGUUAUCUUUCCUUGUUUAUCGAGAUCAAUGCUAUACAUUGUUGUCUCCUUUAGAUCGUCUAGCUAAAUAUCAAUCACUAUCAAGAUACUUUUAGCGAGUGUUGCAAACCGUUAUGGUUCGGCUAUCUCCGUUUAUCAUAUCACGGGAGGUGCCGAUCAUAAAUAACUAGGAUCUUAGAGAUCUACUGUAAACGUAGGAGGGGGGAAUUUAUUUUACACCAAUUUUAAGUACCGGUAAAACAGCAACAACAAAUAGAGUCAUCUUUAUAUUUACAAGGUUACAUACAAUGUAACAGCUUGGUUUAAUUCUGUUUUUCAUUAAUGUAAAAUACAGAAUGGGUCACCUGAAAUUUACUACUAACAUUAUUGACUAAUGCUGAAAGUAUGUGUGAAGACCUUUGUGGUCAAGUUGUUAAGGUCAGGGACCUCCAGUUGCUUGCCCUUCACCCUAGUGUGUUUGAAAACAUACAUCAGGUGUAAAAUUCUUUCAUGUUGGGAAGGAAUGCAGUUGGCUUGCAGCAACUCAGUGGUUUCAUCCAGGUGUCCGCCAAUGUCGAAAAUAAUAUUUGGCUGGGCACCUGGGGUUUCACUCCACCAUGAGGCUGGAAAAUUGCCUUAUUUUGUGACAAAAACCUAACAAAAAAGCAAAUUAAAUUUUGCCUAACGCUUGUAUGACAUUAUUAAACUUAUUAAGCUUAAAUUUGUCCAGUCUCUUUGAUAAGGAUAUGUGGCAUUUUACACACUGCUUAGUAAUAUAUGAUAGCAAAAUCAGAAUUCAUGCACUAACAGUUUUAGUCUUGCCGCCAUUACAUGACUUUGUGCAUUUUUAAAGAUUAUAUACCCUUUUCUCUCUUUGUUACUGAAUUCUUGUUUUGAUAUUUGUAAAUGUUUUUCAUUAUGUAUAUGCAUUCCACUUAUAUUAUUCAAUGUGUACAUAUUCUAUAAUGGAUACCAAUAAAUAAUGCAAAUACA